AUAAGAUAUACUCGUCGCAUGAGCGAUUUAGUUUCGGAGGUGUUGUCAAGAUGAAGUACCUUAUUGUCUGUUUGCUGGCAGUAGCGGCAACCUGCCUUGAACCAACAGUCAGGAAUCAGCGCAGAUUCCCUGAUGACUUCCUCUUCGGGGCUGCCACGGCAUCCUACCAGAUUGAGGGUGGAUGGGACGCUGAUGGUAAAGGUGAAAACAUCUGGGACCGUUUGACCCACACCAACCCUACAGUAAUUCAAGACUUAACCAAUGGAGAUAUCGCUGCCGACUCCUAUCACAAUUACAAGCGUGAUGUCGAGAUGAUGAGGGAAGUAGGCUUGGACGCCUACAGAUUCUCAAUCUCCUGGGCCCGUAUCCUGCCUACAGGCUUUUCCAAUGAAAUCAAUCCACCAGGCAUUGAAUACUACAACAACCUCAUCAACGAAAUGGUGAAAUACAACAUCACUCCUAUGGUCACUCUGUACCAUUGGGAUCUGCCCCAAAAGUUGCAGGACUUGGGAGGUCUCAUGAACCCUCUCUUCACCGAAUGGUUUGAAGACUACGCAAGGGUGGUGUUCGAGAAUUUCGGAGACAGGGUAAAGUUGUUCAUCACUUUUAACGAGCCUAGAGAGAUCUGCUUCGAAGGUCUUGAAGAUAUGAACAAAGCACCUCUUCUGAACACCACUGGUGUAGGUGUGUAUUUGUGUGCGAAGAACUUGGUGAUGGCUCAUGCUAGAGCCUACCAUUUGUACGACAAGGAGUUCAGGGCAACUCAAGGAGGACAGUGCGGCAUCACUAUUAGUGUCAACUGGUUUGGUCCGGCCACUAAUUCUGCUGAGGAUGAGUUGGCUGCUGAAAUAAUGAGACAAGUUCAGUGGGGUUUGUACGCCGAACCCAUCUUCUCGGCCGAAGGUGGUUUCCCUCGAGAGCUUUCUCAAAGAAUCGCAGAGAAGAGUGCUCAGCAAGGUUUCUCCCGUUCUCGCCUACCGGAUUUCACAGAAGAAGAGAAGGCUUAUGUCAAGGGAGCUUCAGAUUUCUUCGGAGUGAACCAUUACACAACAAUCCUGGUGUCAGCGACGGAACACAAAGCAUUUAAUUCUGUGCCUUCCAUGAUGGAUGAUGCUGAUGUUGGGUACUUUGUGCCUCCGGAGUGGCCGGUAUCUUCAGCUCCUUGGUUGAAGUUUGCGCCGAACAGCGUGUACUACGCCCUCACCCACUUAAGCGAGAAAUAUAACAAUCCCAACAUCUACAUAACUGAGAACGGCUGGGCCACUUACCCUGACAGUGGCCUUGUGGAUGAUGACAGGAUCGCCUACUACAGAGCUGCGUUGGAGAGCGCUCUGGAUGUUUUAGACGAAGGAGUGAACCUCAAGGGGUAUAUGGCCUGGAGUCUCAUGGAUAACAUGGAGUGGUUAGAGGGUUAUGUAGCUUGCUUCGGGCUCUACCACGUAGACUACCAGGAUCCCGCACGUACUCGCACUGCAAGAAAAACAGCGUUCGUUUACAAGCACAUUAUCAAGAACCGUUAUAUUGACUACGAGUAUGAACCUGAGUCUUUAACCAUGACUAUCGAUGAAGGAUAUAUAUACUCGGCGCAUGAGCGAUUUAGUUUCGAAGGUGUUGUCAAGAUGAAGUACCGUAUUAUUUGUUUGCUGGCAGUAGCAGCUACUUGCCAGGAACCAACAGUCAGGAAUCAGCGUAGAUUCCCUGACGACUUCCUCUUCGGGGCUGCCACAGCUUCUUACCAAAUUGAAGGUGGAUGGGAUGCUGAUGGUAAAGGUGAAAACAUUUGGGACCAUUUGACCCACACAAACCCUACGGUCGUUCAAGAUUUAACCAACGGAGACAUCGCUGCCGACUCCUACCACAACUACAAGCGUGAUGUCGAGAUGAUGAGGGAACUAGGCUUGGACGCCUACAGAUUCUCAAUCUCCUGGGCCCGUAUCCUGCCUACAGGCUUUUCCAAUGAAAUCAAUCCACCAGGCAUUGAAUACUACAACAACCUCAUCAACGAAAUGGUGAAAUACAACAUCACUCCUAUGGUCACUCUGUACCAUUGGGAUCUGCCCCAAAAGUUGCAGGACUUGGGAGGUCUCAUGAACCCUCUCUUCACCGAAUGGUUUGAGGACUACGCAAGGGUUGUGUUCGAGAAUUUCGGAGACAGGGUCAAGUUGUUCAUCACUUUCAACGAGCCUAGAGAGAUCUGCUUCGAAGGUCUUGAGGAUAUGAACAAAGCACCUCUUCUGAACACCACUGGUGUAGGCGUGUAUUUGUGUGCGAAGAACUUGGUGAUGGCUCAUGCUAGAGCCUACCAUUUGUACGACAAGGAGUUCAGGGCAACUCAAGGAGGACAGUGCGGUAUCACUAUUAGUGUGAACUGGUUUGGUCCGGCCACUGAUUCUGCUGAAGAUGAGUUGGCAGCUGAAAUCAUGAGACAAGUUCAGUGGGGUUUGUACGCCGAACCCAUCUUCUCGGCCGAAGGUGGUUUCCCUCGAGAGCUUUCUCAAAGAAUCGCAGAGAAGAGCGCUCAGCAAGGUUUCUCCCGUUCCCGCCUACCAGACUUCACAGACGAAGAGAAGGCUUAUGUCAAGGGAGCUUCAGAUUUCUUUGGAGUGAACCAUUACACCACGGUCCUGGUGUCAGCGACGGAACACAAAGCGUUUCAUUCUGCGCCUUCGAUGAUGGAUGAUGUUGAUCUUGGGUACUUUGUGCCUCCGGAGUGGCCGGUAUCUUCAGCUCCUUGGUUGAAGUUGGCGCCAAACAGCAUAUACCACGUCCUCACCCAUUUGAAGGAGAAAUACAACAACCUCACCAUUUACGUCACUGAAAACGGCUGGGCCACUUACCCUGACAGUGGCCUGGUGGAUGAUGACAGGAUCACAUACCACAGAGCUGCUUUAGAAGACGCCCUGGACGCCUUGGACGCUGGGGUGAACCUCAAGGGGUAUAUGGCUUGGAGUCUCAUGGAUAACAUGGAAUGGUUGGAUGGCUAUGUAACUGGCUUCGGGCUAUACCACAUGGACUUUCAGGAUCCUUUACGUACUCGCACUCCAAGAAAAUCAGCGUUCAUUUACAAGCACAUUAUCAAGAACCGGUAUAUUGACUACGAGUAUGAACCUGAGUCUUUAACCAUGACUAUCGAUGAAGGAUAUUGAAAAUGUGAAAUAAAUUAAAUUAAGUUACAAAAUA